CUACGCUCAUUGCCAGGACCGAGGAGUGUGCAGAGAGAGGAGGAGAGAAGGUGGAGGGAAUACGUUCGAAUUUUGGAUCCUAUUGGAAAACUACGGUGUGCGCACGGCACGCACCGACAGGAGACGUUUCUGCAUUUUCACCGUGCGCCCCCCCCCCCCAACCCCUUCCCCAUUGAGAUCGGAUCGGAGCCGAGAAUGGAGCUCCCUGCCGCCGGCGAGCACGUCUUCGCGGUAGAGGGCAUCGAGAAGAAGCGCAUUCGGAAGGGCAAGAUCGAGUACCUGGUCAAGUGGCGCGGCUGGUCUCCAAAGUACAACACAUGGGAGCCGGAGGAGAACAUCCUGGACCCGCGCCUCCUGGUUGCGUUUCAACACAGAGAGAGGCAGGAGCAGAUGAUGGGAUACCGAAAGCGGGGACCAAAACCAAAACAUCUUCUGCUUCAGGUGCCAUCAUUUGCCCGGAGAUCAACCAUCCCAGCUGGAUUCCAGGAAACAGCCAAUGAAGCAGACGGUACCCUAAAGUCGGACUCUACACAGGUCCAACGCUCCCAGCCCCAGCAGUACCAGCUGAACAGCAAAAAGCACCAUCAGUACCAACCCAGCAGCCAGGAGGUCCCUACUGAUGCGCUGAGCAACAGCAAAAAGAAGUUCAUCUACCAGCUCAACAGCAAGAAGCACCACCACUAUGAGCCCGACCCACACAUGUACGACGCUCAGGUUUCGAGGCUCAAAGAGGUGGUCAAAGUUCAGGAACCGGCCAGCAAUCUGGCAAAUCCUGGGUGGACCUUGCCCCUGGCCCUUCAGCAGAAAUGGAUCCACAACAAAGACACUGGUUGUUUGAGCAAAGUCAAAGAGCUCGCAGUAGAGGUGAGGAAACCGGUUAAAGAGGCGCAGAGUGAGAAUGCUCUGAAGCCCAACCCUAAGGAGGCCAGUCUGCCUACUGCUGUCAGCAGCAAAAUGAAGAUAAUCAAAAAUAAAAACAAGAACGGACGCAUUGUUAUUGUCAUGAGCAAAUACAUGGACGGUAACAAGGUUCACGGAGCAAAGGACAAACACAGGGAAUCUUCAAGGGAUGAGAAAACGCACGGCAUCAAAACAUCCGAAAACAAUCCGGCACCCAUGACCAAAAUUGAUGAACACCCCGAGAACGGGAUUCCCAAAGAGAUCUGUAAGGGCAGCUCCCUCUCUGUUGCAGAGCAUCCUUUGAAAUGCUCCCCCAAAGACAGACAAUUUUCCAAACCUUCUCCGAGCACAGCCGAGGAAUACAACACCGAAGUGGCCCGCGGUCAGGCUGAUUUACCGGAGGGUUUAUCUUUGCAGCUGACAGCCAGUUCCCCCCAAACUUCCUGGACUGCCGACACUGCCAUUCCAACCCCUACUGCCAUUGACCAGAUCCGGAUCCCCUCUUUCCCCUGCAACCGGAAGCGUAAGCUUUCAGAUCCCAUUGAGGACAGGAACGUUGGUCAAAUCUACCUGGCAUCGAGGAGUUUGAGCGUGCCCGCUGCUACGAUGGCGCCCCCUCAGGACAAACCCAUGGACCUUCACUGCAGCACGGCACGUCACAGCGGUAUGUGUACGACGUAUCAAGAGGUUGGAAGCCAGGAGGAGCCGAUGGACCUCAGCUGCCCUAAAAAUAAGCGGCCGGUCGAAGUGGAAGCCCAGCCGCCUGCAAAGCCCGAGCCAGCCAUUGAAGACACUUCUUCUGCGGUGAAUAACACGCAGAAAUCUUUGGAUAAAUCUCCAGAGGAACCUGCAAAACAAAUUUCCCCCUUCAUGGGAAACAUCAUCAUCACUGAUAUUACCACAAACAGUCUCACCGUCACCUUUAAGGAGUAUGUUUCUUUCUAAACUAUGGGACCCACAGCUCUGAUUGGCUGAACCUGUGAAUAUGUGCAUAUGUAAAAGAAAACAGAAAUUUGUACAUAUAUUGAUGAAAUGUAUAAUUUAUACAUCAAAUCCAGUAUGUUUCCUAUAACAUUUUAUACAGUAAGUACUUUGUGAUGUUGUAGCCAAGAAAGUGCCCUCGACUAUUUGAGCGAAUGCAUCACUUGGGUGGAGAAUCUUCACCCAAAACAAAAAAAUCUUUGUCUCCUGGAGUUUAAGAAGGGAACUAUCGCUGUUUUUCAUACUUGUACCAAACUUAUAACCUUAGCUAUAUGAAGGUUUAUACAUGUUUCUUAUUACUAAUAUCAUGUUGGUGUGAGAGAAGGUUAUUGAUUGGACUGUUUGCAGAGCAGAUUUAAAGCACUUAAUGCAUUUUCAUACGUUUCAUAAGUGUCAUUGCUGUCGAAGAAACAGUCAGAGAUUUUCUCUUUAUUUUCUUGGUGUAAUAGACAAACCUAGCAUUGUUGAUUGGCAUCUUUAGCUUUGCUCUUGGAUUUUUUUUUAAAGUGUUCAGCCAUGACAUGCAAAUUCAAAAAUGGCAGGUGUGUCAUAGGGCAGUGCUGCUGGCGCAGAGGGAGGUAUCUGCUCCUUCACUGCAAUCUGGCUCAAACUGAAAUGCAUCCGUUUUAAAAGUCAAAUCUUUUCUGCUUGUUUGAACUUGGAAAAACAAGUUUUUGUUACGUUGGAAAGAAAAGAAAGAAUAAAUCCUAGGACCUGUAGGAGUUUACUUGUUGCGUACAAAAUUGCAAAUAAACUUGACUUGUUUGUAUGCAAUUUCUGCAUUAGUGGAUGUAAAAUAUGAGCUAUGAGCUUAUUUUCCUCAGCUGAGAAACACCCAUGUUGCUAAGCAAUUUCAAUCUGCCUGAGUGGCUACAACUACCGGUAGUCAUUUUUGACCAAGAAAGGACAAUAUGAGCAGAUAUUUGGUGGUUAGAGAAUAUAUAGCCAGUGAGUCUGAUACAGGUUGGCCCCCCGUUUAAAUUCUGCUAAAGGGCUUUAAAGACUCUUUGACCGGCUCUAGAUCAGAAGCAUAUCUUAAUUUUUAAGACUUUUGCUUUAACCAUAACAAUAUCGGACCAAAUAUGAUCUACACACUGCCUUUGAAUGCCACAUUUAUUUUUUAUUUCUACUCCAGUCUUUUUGAAACAGCCAAUCCCACCAGCUUGUUUCUUUCCUAUCCACCAGGUGUGCAGCAAACUUUUAGAAAUGAUCUGUUCAAACUCGACAUCAGCUGGUGAGGUAGAGU